CUCAAGAAUUCCGAAAAAUUCUCGAAAGAGGAUAGUUCUGGUGAAGACACUCCUGGUGAAGAUCAUUUUUUAGGAAUCCGCGGACCUGGACCUAAUGAAGACAACGAAUUUUUUGGUGUUGUUACGGGUAGUUCUAGUUCUCGGAGAUCCACCCAAUACCAAACGAAUAGUGUGUAUGAUAUGGCGGAUAAUUUUCAUGAUAUGAGUGACUCCCAAGAUAAUGAGGAAGAUGGAUCUAGUAUACCAACAUUCGAUCAUGUUGAUAAUGUCUCUUCAUUUAAACAGAAUAGUUAUCAUUCAACAAUUAAUGGUAGCGAAAUUGCCCCGACAUCAGAAUUCACGUAUGUUCCUUCUAUUAAGCAUACAAAUGAUGGCUAUUAUGAGAAUACUGACAUCUGCUCAACACGAAAACAAACUGAUAUUCUCCAAAACAGACGAGCUUAUUCAGAGAAAACUGAUGAUAGGCGUUUCGUAUCCCCUAUGACAAGAAAUUUGGAAACUGAUAAUUCUCUAAUUCAGCUUCAUAGUGCACCUUCGGAUCUGGAAGAGGAUGAACAAAAUAAUAGAAAAAUAACAGCACCUAUCUUGACCCGUAAAUCUAAUCCCCGAAACAAAGAACGGGUUAAUUAUUAUGUAGGUUCUCAGACAAGAAAACGCCAAAGAAAUAAACCUGCUUCACGAACGUCAUCAUUACCUUCAACUCCUCGAUCACCGAUAUCUCCUCUUUCACGAUCGUCAUCAUCACCUCCAACACCUCCGUUCACUUUGAACAUACCCUUGGAAUACCAAUAUGACCAAGCUUCAGCUUCCAGUACAAAUGAAGAGGAGAGACCACAAAAGAAAAGGCAAU